AUGCACGGAAGUUUUAAAAUUCAGCUGAUUAAUAUGGGAACUCGGGCAGCUGCGUUUACAGCUAAGAUUCGCUGCUUAUACGACUACCAGCUUCGACUUCUGCACGGCGUUAUGCCAGUGCCUUCUGGUCUGGACAUUGCCAACACAAUUAAAUAUUUUUCUCAAACUCUUUUAACUGUCCUAAAAGAUGUUCCAGCGUCGCCGUUAGAUAUGUUGCGUUCUCCAGACAAUGAUCAUUUACGUAUGGCUCUUUACCCAAAUUUAGAUUACAAAGGUCUUUAUAAUGCUUUAGUGCAAUUAUUAGAUGUCGCAGGCUAUGUUCAGUAUGGAUUACAAGCUUUUGGACAGUCAUUGCUGCAAUGUUUAGGCUGCCUGUUGCCAUUUUUGGAACAAGAUAUGAUUGACAAUAUACCAUUUCUUGCUGCAUCAUGCAUGUUAGCAUUGCCACCUACUCUUCACCAAGAAGUUAUAAAUUCGUUGUGUUUCUUCAUUCUUCCAUUUACAAUUACUCGUCAUACUGAAGAUGGUUUAGAAAGCCAGGCUUGUCAAUCUGUAGCAGCUGUUAUUAUGCUAGUUUUCCAAUAUUCCAACAAUCCAGCACACCAUUGUCAGCUAUUGGAGUGCCUAAUGGCUCUAAAACAAAACGUAGUUAAAGAUUUGUUAUGCGUUAUAGCCUAUGGUACUGCUGCAUCUCGGGCUUCAGCUGCCAAACUAUUGUUUUACUACUGGCCAGCAUUUAAUGCAAAUCUGUUCGAUCGUAAAGGAUUGCUGUGCAAAUUUGCAAGUGAUCUUUCACCAUUACCGUGCCAAAGAGAUAAUUGUCCCAGUGGCGGCGCUGCCGAAGCAAGUAAAGUUUGUUACGACCACUGCAUAAGUAUUACUUAUGCCUCUGAUUCUCCGCCGCCCUUGUAUUUAUGCAUCGAAUGUGCCAAUGAAAUUCAUCGCGAACACCCGAAUCAGGCAUUCAGUGAUACUUUGCAUCCGAUGCAACAAGUUUCUAUGAUCUGCGAGAACAAAAAUUGUCGAGCAACAGAUAAAUCGGCGGUAUCAAUUUGUUUCUCAGCAGAAUGCGCUAGUUAUAAUGGAAAUCAUCCUAUAAGGUACUGCCUUCAAUGCCAUUGCAAUAGGCAUAAUAGUAGGCGAGGUGGAGAUCAUAUUGUACACAGAUCUCUUCCACCUGCUUGGCAAAUGGACGCUGAGAUGCAAACAUACCUGGUCGAAGCUAUUGUUAGUUUAUUAAAAGAGGCACGUCCAUUGAGUUUCGACGUUACCAAGGAAUCUUUAGACCUAAAACCACAACCAGUAUCGACGCCUGCUGGUGAUUGUAUUACACUUGAGGAGAGACAAUUACUUGGUCGAUAUGGUAUUUGGUUGCUGGUUGGACUUUGUGCACCCACACCAGAUACACCAGUUGAGACACUUGGUCGAUUGCUUUCAAUGCUGUUCCACUGGUUUCAUGUAACUGCUUAUACAUUUGAAGCUGGUCAAGCAGAAAGCACUUUGGAAAAAUUAAAAACGCAACACGUUUGUCCUUGGUUAGCGGAUAUAUGUAAGUCACAUUACGAAGAAUUUAUUAAUUGCUUGCUGCCACAUCCACCUGAAUAUUCCAGAGUCGGUGGUCACUGGGAUACACUCGCGUCCAGAACUUCCCAUCUCAAGGAUGGACUUCAUCGUAUAUUUUGUUUGGUGCCCUACGAAGUCAUUACACCUGAAAUCUGGGAUCAGAUAAUGCCAAAUUGGAUGGAAGCCGUAAGCAGUGAUGUCCCAGAAAAAGAACUGCCGGAAUUAAAAGUAGUGUUUAGCAAAAUUCUUGAUCCUGAAAUGAAUCCUCUUGGAUUCGACGCUCAUAUGAUGUACAGAUUUGUCGCCGUACGAUUCGAGAAUACUACAGCUAAAAUACAACAACAAGCCUUGCAUUGGCUGCAGAUACUUUCAAUGCUGGAUAUUAUGAUACCGCUAGAGCAAUUAUUUUCAAUGUUUGAAUCAGGCGUAAGCGUAAUGCGCCAAGCUGCAGCUGCUGAUCUCGAACAAGAUACCACGAUUAUAAUUGAAAAUACUAAUGAAAACGAAGAAGAAACCCAUAUUUAUCCAGUUGUAGAAGACGAUUCGAGCAGCUCCUCCGGUAUAUCUGAUGAAGAAGGCGCUGCCCAAAAUUUUCGGCCCACAGAGUUUACCAGUGAUGCCGAACAUAAUUUGACUUGCUGCACACUCAUGCUCGACAUUUUGCUUCAACAGAUGAAAUUGCAAGAUGUGGAGCAGCAUGCAGGCAUAGAUAGUGCAGUAUGUGCUGAUGUUAGCAAAUUGCUGAAACACAUGUUGGAGGCAUCUUGGAUGAGCGAUCAUAUAUGUAGAGGGCGAGGAGCUACGCCGACCGAAUGUGCAUUUUGUGAAGCCAGCGUCAUGUGGCACCAGCUAGCUGCCAACUUGGUGCGAUUUAUGGCACCAGAAAAUCCGGCACACGGUCCUGAUCCCCCAUUGGAGAUACCUCCUGACGAGCUGUCCAGGCGAAGUCCACCAGAUGGAGGUGCAUCAGUCGGCGGGAAGCAGGGAGGAGACGGACGUGAUGACGUCAUCAUCAAUAUGCCUGUGCCAGUGCCGGACUUACAUUCCGUGGGUGGAGUUCUCGUGCACAUGCCGCACAUAAUGACAGCAACUGUGGAGACUGUUUCAGAACAAUUAGACUUGGCAGUCAUCAUGCCAUCGGAAAAAGUGGUAUGCGCCGUGGCGCGUUCUGUCACCAUUUCAGAAGCCGAUGUGGCAACUGCCACUGUGCAAGUUGCAAAACCGCAGAUUGUAGGCGAGAACGAGGUUGCAGACGAUAUGGUCGUAGGUGACGACAACGAAGAUUUUUGGCAUACUUCUAUUGGAAAGUUUCGUUUUUCAUUGGAUGAUCUACCUCAAUCAUUGCAGUACAUACAUCAACUUCUCAAAGAAUUACCCAACACCGAAAAGCCAGAUAUUUUGUAUUAUAUUCUACAAUGUCUUAAUGUAAUGGUACUUCACGGUGACGCCUUUUCUAAGGCUUCUAAAGACAACAGAGGAUUCUUUGUCUGGUGCCAAGAAAACUUGCUGAUCAAAAACUUAUGGGAUCUGUGUAAUGCCGAGCAUUCCCACAUUUGUCAAGUGUGCGUUCCUUUGCUGCUCCAUUGCGUAACUCUUCCACCAGGAAUGGAUGUUUUUUGGAGAGUUGUGCAGGAAGACUUCCAUAGCACUGAUUGGCGAGUUCGUUUUGUGGCCGUUGAAAGAGUUACUGUCAUCACCAGGUUCAUGGAUACAACACCUUUGCGAAGUACUCUACCCUUACAAGCGGCUUUGGCAAAUGCCUUCUGUUAUUUGAUUUCGAGCAUGGACGAUGAUAAUGUUUAUGUAGCUCAACGUGCCACUCUCUACCUAGGAACAAUACACGAUAAUGCUAUCAAGUCUUUGCUGUACUGCUUGGAAACUCAAUUCGACAGUGUUAUCGUGGACAGGCCUAUGGUACUUCAGUCUUUGUAUCAGUUACAUAACUCCUUAAGUGAUAGACAUGUCUUAUCCUGGGAAUUUUUCCUUAACCGUUUCGAUGCACUUUUCCUAGAGGCGCAAAUCAACUUGGAGAGAGCUGGCGAUAUUGCUUACCUCAGAGAUUUACGAAACUCCGAGAUUAACAGCGAAGUGUUUCUGCAUAAACUGCGAAGGGCAAAUGAUGCACUUUCGCAAAGUGAAGGAUCUGGUGGAAGUUCCAUCAAAACCCUUAGUGCUUCUUUCGGACCCAAAUGGCCCUACAAACGCACAAUGUCUGCGCCGGCCAGUAUCAUACCCAGACAAGAUGGAAAAAUAGAAAAAGAAAAAGUGUACAACCGCCAAUACUCAGCACCGAUAUUAAAAAGAAAAACAUCGCGAUUUGGAUUAGUAAACUAUGGUGCACCAGGCGACGAAGCUGCUUUGAAUGCUUUUUUGCAAAGGGCCGUUGUGCUGGAAGAAAGUGAUCGAGAAACUAUACAUCUACUUGUAUUUUUGCUAAUUCAGUUCAUGUCUAGGUCUGAUCAAGCAAUUCCAGAUGAUGAAAAGCCCCAAUCUCGUGCACAACAAAUUGUCCUGCGGCAUCUGUAUUUGCUACUCGGAUACAACAUGCUUGAUAAAACUUUCUACAUGGCACCUGCAAAACUCAGAUGUACAGCAGUGUUCAACGUAUUUCUGUCAAACCUGCCUCAGCUUUUGGAUCAGAAUCACUUGAUGGGCAUGAGCAUGUUAUCUUUUGCAAUUGCCUUGAUGAUGUAUUGUCCUCGUCCUACUGCUCCCAUAACAGAAACUGCAGCAGCACUUACAAAUGAAAUACCAACUCACAGUCUAUGGCAUCUUGAAGCUCCAGCACGGAGGAAUUGGCUUAUUGCUUUUCUAGUAGUCCUUUAUAAGUAUCAAUACGAUGAGCAGCCUUAUUGUAUGCAAAUUGCACAACUGAUAAAAAUUGUGCUGAACACAUUGGACAGACAAUUCCAUGUUUGCCGAAAAUUGCCAGCGACUAUCGUUAUCGACCAGAAAGGACAACAAAUGCAAUCAAGAGAAGUACAACUUUUGUUUUUCUUAAUUAUUUUUCAGAAGCAAGUCAACCGUCCCUCGGGACGGACGCCGAGCACGGUUCUUCACACGGCAGUGGCGUACGAGAGACCCCUGCAGGGGGCCGAUUUUGAGACCCCGCCGCCAUCGCCAAUGUACCCAACUACUGGAGAUCCUUACAGUAUGCAAAUCCCCAAAGGAAAAACACUUUAUCAGAAGCCUAUAGGAACGCCGACUAUGGUUACUCAUUGGGAGGAAGCUGAACUAUCUAAAAAUCGCUCCAGUUUUGAAAACGAAGAUGUAGAAUCUGAGCUGAUGGCCAUCCCAGAAAAUGAUGUCUCGGAUAGCACUAUGCAAGGUGGAAGCGCACCGGGUUCGUUUGAUGAAGAUGGACCUCUAGAUGAGUCACACCACGUGGUGACAAAUAGUAUUCAACCACAAAACGCGAUUUAUACUGUCACUGAAACAAGAUCAGAAGUUCAUAGAGCAACAGUUGUAACUCAAACCGUCCAGAACACGCUCUUGUCAACAUUAAGAAUUUCUGAUACCACCGAUAUUUCUUCUUCAGAAUGUAAUAAAGAUGCUAAAAUAAUAGGAAGACAGAAGAGAGUCAUUGUGCCUAGCAUAACACCAGCUUGCACUCCGGAACUUCCAGAUACUACACAUACGAAAUCAAUGAAUGGCACUCGACAAAAUGACAGUGAAAUAACAAGCUAUGCAUCUCCUGAUUCUCCUUUAUCCAAAAUGGAACUUUUAUCAAUAACAUCUGCUGGUGAUGAUCAAUUAUCAUCACACAGUAUUUCUCAACUAGAAAUUCCCAAUCAGGAAAGAUUACUGCCGAUUGGAAAUUAUCAUAAAGAUGGAAUAACUCACCUUGUUGAGAAAGUUCGAGAAGCUUUAGGAAUAUCCGAAGAUAAAUCGAAGUGA